GGGUCCGAAGUCCAUGUGACACGACCUGAGGGGCUCCGGUUUCAACUGCCGAUUUGCAAACAAAUGGUCUGCUGGGGGCCCGUUCCCUUCAUGGAAACAAAAAUGAACUGGCAAUCAACUCCUUGCUUCAUUUAUUGGGCAUUUUGGGGUCUCUCGCAGUUCAGUGCCUCGCUGCUUCGUAGUAUGUUGAAGGCGAUCGAUCGGGUACCGUAUUUAGGUAGGUAUGGAUGCAAGGGAUAGGUGUCGUGGUCCGUACGUGCGUACCUUCCACGUUACAGCCCGACACCCGACGUUCUGAACUGCAAAGACAGGGGUGGUCCAGCAGACCCCUGUUUAGUAAAUUGCGGCCUCUCGACCAACCGUCGCGUGCCACUGCCAUCACUCCCGUCGCGCCUUUUCGUCCCGUUUCCCCAACUGAUUGAUACGAAAAUCCCGUGGCUACCCGAGCUCGCUACAAUGGCAAGAAGGCGCAGAGAACGAUCCCCGUCCAACGUCAAACUGAAACAACCCGACCGGUCGGGUCCGUCAGAGAAGACGUUGCUACAGCUCGCCGAGGAGAGGGGGUUGUUCGAUCAGGCAAAAAAAAGGGAGGACGAAAUCGAGAAGGAAGCUACUCCAGUUCCCAUCCCACGCCCAGCGAAAAAUGAGGAGGAAGAUGACGACGAGGAGGCUGGGUUGCCGCCUACCGUUGAGCGUGUACUCGAGACGGUGCUGUGGUCUGUGAGCCUGGCCAUGCUGCACUUCACCCUCGACGUCCUCGUCCAGCAUCAAUAUUCGGUCGACAGCAUAGUAUGGCCGAAGGUUUGGACGAGAUUUAUGCAAGCGUUAUUAGUCUUCGGUCUGCUCAUCUACGCCCUUCAUCCGCAUCCCGCAAACCAUGGGUUGGUUCCCGGCCUGCCUCCGCGGUACCAGUCGGCCCUUCGGCAAGUCAUAUUCUUCACCGCGAGCGUCUUUGCCGGCUGCUACCUGAUUCACAUCACCAAUGCAUUCGGUUAUAUGGCUGUUAUGAAACAAGCGCCGCCAAUCGGUUGCCUUUGGGUGUGGUCUGUCAUUGAACUGGAUCUUCCUUGGGCUAUGCUCAGUCUUUCGGGCGCAGGGGCGUUUCUUUGGCAGAAGGGAUACAGUAUUAGAUAGGGUUGACGCGAGUGCUGGCUUUCGAUCCGCAAAUGCCGUCCCUUGAGCUAGCUCUGCGAAGCACCUACCAUCGUUCGUGCUCUAUGAGAGGUUCAGUUUUUUCUCUGUUGGGUCACAUCAUUCUUCCUUCCGGACCUGCUUUCCCUGGCGGCAAGCUCCUUUUCUCUGGGACUCACCUGCGACUGCCAGUAGCGCCCCUACCUCGCGCCUUCUUCAGUUAAUAUGGUACGGCAACCGACGGCACAAUUGGCAACUGGAAAUGUCUGAAAUGUUUCGGGCCGGAU